AUGCUGCUGCCUGUGCGGUGGCUGGGCGGCAUGGACGGCGACGCUGAGGAGGAGCCCGGGCGGGCCAAUGCUGCGGAGGAGGAGUCGUUGCCUGUCCGGGACAAUAAGGCGGGCCCCGACCCUGCAGACACCGAGCUGCUAGAUAUCCCGAAAAAUUGGCCGGACAAUGGGCCGGACGAGGCCGCAAAUGUGUCUGACGUCGACUCAGAGUCCCCGCAGGAUCCCCGCUACGGCGGCUCCGUGUGGGACAACCUGAAGCGGGCGGACAUUUGGCUGAUAUUCAUCGCGUUCAUCUGCCAGAGCGCCAUGGGUGUUAUUGUGGUUUACAACGCAAGCACCAUCUCCGUGGCGUUGACUGGGCAUAAGCGGAGCCAGCAGACCUCCGCCCUGUACACCGCGUUUCUCGGCGUGUCCAGCAGCAUUGGGCGGAUGGCCAUGGGAAUGUUCGAGGCCUUUGUGCAGCAUCAGCCCGCCGACAACCGCCGGUUCCUGGUGACGCUCGCGUUGCCCCUCUCACCUUUCCUUGCUGCUGUUGCCGGCGUCUUGCUCCUAACGAUCCCGGGUGAGGCCAUCCUGCUCCCGUACAUCAUCGUGUACUUUGAAGAGGACGUGUUUGCUGCUGUUGCUGCUGUCAUGUUUCCGUCGCUCUUUGCGAGCAACCAUGGCGUGUACUACAAUGUCGGCUUUCUGACCUCCGUGUUUUCCGUCGUCGGAUUCAACCGUUUUCUCUUCGGCUACGUGGUGGACGCGAAGCACGCCAGCUUUGGGCUUGACCCAAAGGAGGGGUGCACCGUGGCGGAGUGCGUGCGCCUGCCGAUCAUCGUCUCCAAGUGUGUGGAAGCUCUGGGGGCUGCCCUCUCGUUUCUUGUGCACAUCCGCUACAGCCGGUUUGUCCGCCGGAGGCGUUAUGAGGCGGAGGAAAUGGAUUGA